CUUAUAGUAUCCAUUGCGAGAAACGCGCCCGACGGAGCCGCACUGCACGGGACCGAGCGUCGUUUUAACGGGUUUUUAAAAGCACUUUUACCGUGUUUUUUAUUUUUAAUAAUAUAAAUAUACAUCUCUGUUACAUAGCCAUGCCGACCAGGACCUCUCCGUCCCUGCCAGAGGAUGUCAUGAGGAGGCUGCAGGUGCUGGAGGAGGAUGGCUUUUCAGACGAGGAUCAUGUGAAAGAGAAGCUCAAGUUGGUGCAGGACUUUCUGCAUGUCGACGCUCAGGACCAGCUGACCAGUCUGAAGGAAAAAAUGAAUAAUUCAGAGAUCUCUAAGGAGGUGUACAUCUCUAAAGUAAAGGCCUUGCUGGGAAAAGAGCUUCGUCCGGAAAAUUGCUCGCAUGUUGACAGCGCGGAGCAGAAUGGAAAGGCGAACGGCUUCACAAAUGGUGCUCACAAAGAUGAGAGCACUGAAGAUGUAACCAUGGACGCACAGGAGGAGGAAGAGGAGGCUGUCAAGUCGCCAACUGCUUCCAAAGGGAAGGGUGGACGCAAGAGCAAAACAAAUUCUGACACUAAAAAGUCUCCAGCCAGUACCAGGGUUACAAGAAACGCUGGAAAACAGCCAACCAUCAUGUCAAUGUUCUCUAAAGUUCAAAAGCGAAAGUCUGAAGACUUGAAUGUAGAAGCUACAAAUGGACAGGAUGAAGCGAAGAAAGAGGAAGAUGAUGUUGAGGAGACUCGGGAGGAGAAGCGUCUUAAAGUGGAAUCCGAUGAAAGUGCUGCUCCAGAAAAAUCCGAGAGUGAGAUUACUAAACCGGUUUCUGCUGCAAAGACACCACCCCCCAAAUGUACAGACUGCAGACAAUACUUGGAUGACUCUGAUCUCAAGUUCUUUCAAGGGGAUCCUGAUACUGCGCUGGAUGAACCAGAGAUGUUGACAGACGAGCGUCUCUCCCUGUUUGACUCCAAUGAGGAUGGAUUUGAGAGCUACGAGGAUCUGCCACAGCACAAGAUCACAAACUUCAGCGUGUAUGACAAGCGUGGCCACCUUUGUCCGUUUGACUCUGGACUGAUUGAGAAGAACGUGGAGCUUUACUUCAGCUGUGUUGUCAAACCCAUCUAUGACGACAACCCCUGCUUGGAUGGUGGUGUUCCUGCCAAGAAGCUUGGACCCAUCAAUGCCUGGUGGAUCACUGGUUUUGAUGGCGGGGAAAAGGCUUUAAUUGGUUUCACUACAGCUUUUGCUGAUUACAUCCUGAUGCAGUCCAGUGAGGAGUACGCACCCAUUUUUGCUGUGAUGCAGGAGAAGAUCUACAUGAGCAAGAUUGUGGUAGAGUUCCUCCAGAAGAAUCCUGAUGCUUCUUAUGAGGACCUUCUCAACAAGAUCGAGACGACCGUCCCUCCAGCGGGGCUAAACUUCAACUGCUUCACGGAGGACACGCUGCUGCGCCACGCCCAGUUUGUGGUGGAGCAGGUGGAGAGCUACGAUGAGGCUGGCGACUCUGAUGAGCAGCCCAUCAUCGUUACUCCCUGCAUGAGAGACCUGAUCAAGCUUGCUGGUGUCACUCUGGGCAAGAGGAGAGCUGCCAGAAGACAGGCCAUUCGUCACCCAACAAAGAUCGAGAAGGACAAGGGGCCGACUAAAGCGACCACGACCGAGCUGGUGUACCAGAUCUUUGAUACCUUCUUCUCUGAUCAGAUAGAGCAGAACGACAAAGAGAGUGGCGGGGCCAAAAGACAGCGCUGUGGUGUCUGUGAGGUUUGCCAAUCUCCUGAUUGUGGCAAGUGUCCAGCUUGCAAGGACAUGAUCAAAUUUGGGGGAAGUGGCAAAAGCAAGCAGGCUUGUAAGCAGAGAAGGUGCCCAAACCUCGCAGUAAAGGAGGCUGAGGAUGAUGAGAUAGUUGAGGAAGAUGUUCCAGUGGAGAAGCCAAAGAAGGUUUCUCAAACUAAGAGGAAGAAGCAGAACCAGUGUAAACUGUCUUGGAUCGGGGAGCCUGUUCAGACUGAGGGGAAGAAGCAGUACUACGAGAAGGUCCGUGUGAAUGACGAGGUGUUGGAGGUGGGCGACUGUGUCUCCGUUUCAUCAGAGGAUCCAUCAUUGCCUCUGUAUCUGGCCAGGAUCUCUUCACUGUGGGAGGACAACAAUGGGAAGAUGUUUCACGCCCACUGGUUCCAUCGUGGGACUCAAACGGUGCUGGGAGAAUCCUCUGACCCACUGGAGCUCGUCAUGGUGGAUGAGUGUGAAGACAUGCAGCUCAAUUAUGUGCAGGGCAAAGUCAACGUCAUGUACAAGGCCCCGUCUGACAACUGGUGUAUGGAGGGUGGCAUGGAUUUGGAAAUCAAGGUGAUUGAGGAUGACGGGAAGAGUUUCUUCUAUCAGUUCUGGUACGACACAGAUUACGCCCGCUUUGAGACGCCUCCCAAGACCGCUCCAUCAGAAGACUGCAAGUACACAUUCUGUUGCAGCUGCGUUAGGACUAAAGAAAGAGAGGAACAGGAAAAGCCUCGUGCGUCUGAUCCCCUGACGGACAAAGACCAUGACUCCAAGGCUCUGUAUGCUCUGGCCUGCUACCAGGGGGAGCAGUUCAAAGUGGGAGAUGGUGUCUACCUGCCUCCUGACACUUUUAAUUUCAGUGUGAAGCCAGCGAGUCCAGUGAAGCGCUCUCACAGGAAAGAGGACGUGGAUGAGGACUUGUAUCCAGAAUACUACAGGAAGUCCUCAGACUACAUCAAGGGCUCAAACCUGGACGCUCCUGAGCCGUUCCGCAUCGGUCGCAUCAAGGAGAUCUUCUGUCACAGACGCAGCAACGGGAAAGCCGACAACUCAGAGGUCAAACUGAGACUCUACAAGUUCUACAGGCCUGAGAACACUCACAAAGGGGUCAAAGCCAGUUACCACACGGACAUCAAUCAGCUGUACUGGAGCGAUGAAGAGGUGACAGUCAGCAUGACUGAGGUGCUCGGCCGCUGCCAUGUUGAAUAUGCAGAAGACCUGAAUGAAUCAGUCCAGGACUAUUCCAGUGGUGGAACUGACCGCUUCUAUUUCCUGGAGGCUUAUAAUGCAAAAUCAAAAAGCUUUGAGGAUCCUCCAAACCAUGCCCGCUCUGCUGUUCAUAAAGGCAAAGGAAAGGGCAAAGGGAAAGGUAAAGGCAAAGGAAAGGCUGCACAGGAACCGCAGGACUCUCAGAAUGAAGCACAGAAUGUUAAAGUGCCCAAAUACCGCACGCUGGAUGUGUUUUCUGGCUGCGGCGGACUCUCUGAAGGCUUCCACCAGGCUGGUAUGACUGAGACUCUGUGGGCCAUAGAGAUGUGGGAGCCUGCAGCACAGGCCUUCAGGCUCAACAACCCCGGCACCACGGUGUUCACGGAGGACUGCAACGUCCUGCUCAAGCUGGUCAUGUCUGGAGAGAAGACCAACUCUCUCGGCCAGAAGCUGCCUCAGAAGGGGGAUGUGGAGAUGCUGUGUGGAGGACCUCCCUGCCAAGGGUUCAGUGGGAUGAACCGCUUCAACUCUCGCACAUACUCCAAAUUCAAGAACUCUCUCGUGGUGUCUUAUCUCAGUUACUGUGACUACUACAGACCAAAGUUCUUCCUGCUGGAGAACGUGAGGAACUUUGUUUCAUUUAAAAGCUCGAUGGUCCUGAAGCUGACUCUACGCUGUCUUGUACGAAUGGGCUACCAGUGUACUUUUGGCGUCCUUCAGGCCGGUCAGUACGGUGUCGCCCAGACCCGCCGCAGGGCCAUCAUCCUGGCUGCUGCUCCCGGAGAGAAGCUGCCUCGUUAUCCGGAGCCUCUGCAUGUGUUCGCUCCCAGAGCUUGUUCUCUGAGCGUGGUGGUGGAUGAAAAGAGACACGUCAGUAACGUCACACGAGGUAAUGGAGGAAUCUACAGAACCAUCACUGUCAGAGACACCAUGUCUGACCUGCCAGAGAUUCGUAAUGGUGCAGCCGGUUUGGAGAUUUCCUACAACGGAGAGCCUCAGUCCUGGUUCCAGAGGCAGAUCAGAGGCACACAGUAUCAGCCGAUCCUCAGGGAUCAUAUCUGCAAGGACAUGAGCGCUCUGGUUGAAGGUCGUAUGCGUCACAUCCCAUUGGCUCCCGGCUCCGACUGGAGGGAUCUGCCCAACCUCGAGGUUCGGCUGAAGGACGGCACCAUGACCAAGAAACUGCGUUACUCACAUUCCGAUAAAAAGAACGGCCGCAGCAGCACCGGUGCUCUCAGAGGGGUUUGCACCUGUUCAGCAGGGGUUCCAUGCGACACUGCAGACCGGCAGUUUAACACGCUGAUCCCCUGGUGUCUGCCGCACACCGGGAACCGCCACAAUCACUGGGCCGGACUCUACGGCAGGCUGGAGUGGGACGGAUUCUUCAGCACAACAGUCACCAACCCUGAACCCAUGGGCAAGCAGGGUCGUGUUCUGCAUCCCGAGCAGCACAGAGUGGUCAGUGUGAGGGAAUGUGCACGCUCUCAGGGAUUCCCCGACACCUACCGCUUCUUUGGAAACAUCCUGGACAAACACAGACAGGUUGGUAAUGCGGUGCCUCCUCCGCUCUCCAGAGCCAUCGGCCUGGAGCUGAAGAAGUGCGUCAUGGAGAGAAUUAAGGAAGAACAAGCAUCAGAGACUGUCAAACAGGAGAAGAUGGAGGCCUCUGAUUAGUUCCUGGUUCCCUUCCAGAAAGAAUCGGUUCCACAAAUACUUGACGCCAACGUUUCUUUUAACAAGCUGGUUUUCAGCGUUGUCACUUGGUGACCACCAUGGACAUUCUGUGCCGUGCCAUUAAAUGUAUUUGUUUUAACUGCUUUUAAUCAUCAUGUGGAAUAAAUUGUAUGUAGUUUUUAUAUGUGUAAUAUUUCAAAUAAAGCUCUUAUGAAAUCGA